UGCUGCUGCUCUGGAGCUGUUUCUGCUUUUCUGCUGGUCUGCUCAUAACCACAUUACAUGUGUCUCACUCGUCAUCACCAUGAUUCACGGACAAUAAAAUAAAAUACGCAAUCACGUAAUUCUCUUAACGAAGCGAAAUAUUAAACCCCGACGGAACGGAUCAGUCAGAUCUGACUCAAUCACAUACACAUAACAUUAUGCAGAAUAAGUGCAUCAAGCAGUAAGUGGUGAAGUCAAAUAUUUUCUGUCGACUCGCUGUACAGUCACAAAUCUCACAAUAAAGUCAAUUUAAUUUAACUACUCAACAUAAUUCUUUAAAGAACAACAAUCUCCAACCGUGUAUUUCUCUUUGGACGACGGAACUGCAUUUAUUUUUUACUAUUUUCAAUUGCUCAUGCAGUUUACCAUUCUGGUAUUUAUGGUCGUAAAUAAUAAUCUUCAAGACUGACGUGAUUAUGAGACUAAAAAUCUAAAUUCGACAACCUCUUCUAUAGUAGAAGUGCCUUAUUACGUGUUUUAUAUGACAAAUUAGUGAGAAUGGUGCAAAUAGAAAAGUUCAAGGCUCAAAGCUAUGGGAAGUUGCGGCGGAACUGCAUUGCGACAAAGGAACUUUUUGAAGACCCCUUGUUCCCUGCCAACGACCACAGUCUCAAUCUGAGUUCGAGUCGUGGUCUUUACGGCAGAGUGGUCUGGAAACGACCCACGGAAUUGUGCGACAGUCCGCGUCUCUUUGUGGAGAAGGCGUCUUCAAAAGAUGUGACCCAAGGAAGGUUAGGCAACUGCUGGUUCGUGGCGGCUUGCUCCGCCCUUGCUACCGUGAAAGCACUCUGGUCUGAGGUUGUGCCCGAUUACAAGAUGCAAGAAUGGGACCCUGUCCGGGCUGAGUUGUAUGCCGGCAUUUUCCACUUCCGGUUCUGGAGAUUUGGAACUUGGCUGGAUGUUGUGGUGGACGACUUGCUCCCCACUGUCGACGGUCAGCUCAUUUUUUGUCACUCCACGACGGAAAAUGAGUUUUGGAGUGCCUUGCUGGAGAAAGCGUAUGCCAAACUGUGUGGAUCUUACGGUGCAAUGGACGGGGGUAACCUGUGCGAUGCCUUGGUCGACUUCACAUCCGGGCUGUCGGAAAUGGUGGAUCUUAAAAAUGGGGGCUACAAAGUAGACGAGGAGAAAAGGAACCUUCUGAGGAAACAGAUGCUUCGGAAGCAUGACGAGCAUGCACUCAUGUGCUGUGCCAUUGCGGCGAUGGACUCUUCACAAUUUGAAGCGAGGACCAAAACAGGGCUGAUUAUGGGUCACGCGUACGGAAUCACGGCAGUGCGAGACAUUAAUCUGGGGACUGCUGGACUCUUAUCGCUUUUCAAGACUGGGGAGAAGCUGACCCUCUUGCGGCUGAGGAAUCCGUGGGGAGCGAAGGAAUGGAAUGGACCCUUCAGUGAUGGUGGUGGUGGUGGCGGUGGUGGGUCUGCUACAAACAAUAACUUGGAGGCGUCUGCUUCCUCUGGGUCUGAAAAGUCCGCUGGGGAGGUCACGACCACUUCUGUGCGUGGGGGUCGGUCGGUCGGCUCCAGCUCCAGCUCUGAAUUUGCCUACACCGUGGAACAAUGUCUGCAAUUCAAUUCUAGAUCGCCCGAAUGGACCCGAAUUUCCAAGAGUGAGAAGGAAAAGCUGGGACUCACAUUUGAAGAUGAUGGUGAAUUCUGGAUGCCAUUUGAAGACUUUGUCGCAGAGUUUACGGAUCUGUCCAUUUGUCAUUUAAUCAACACUUCAUUCUUCUCCUUUCGAAAGACGUGGCGUGAAACGUUCUUUCUGGGAGAGUGGACACGACCAAAUCACGCCGGCGGUUGCCCCAAUCAUGACACGUUCGUCCAGAACCCUCAAUACAUCUUUGACGUUCCCAAAGAUGACAUGGAACUAAUCGUCCAAAUUGUCCAGACGGACACGCGUGGACAGGUAGUUGCGCCCACGGACAGCUCCUCGUCCACCGUCUACUCCAGUAUUGGCUUCCAUAUCAUGAAGGUUGAAGAGAACAGGGAACAUCGGAUCCACAAAGUGAAGAAGAAGGCAGUGACGUCGGACUAUAUAAAAUCGCGGAGCAUGUUCUUCCAGGGACCGUUGAACAAGGGGAGACACGUCCUCGUCCCCACCACCUUCGAACCCAACGUUGAGACGCAGUUCAUGCUCCGAAUGUUCACGGAGGAGACGGUGAAAGUGCGAGAGUUGAAAGUUGACUACCCAGAACCGUACUGGAUUUGUGCCCCCUUCUGCUCCCCACCCUCUUGCGUCACCCUCAUCACGGUGGAGGGAGCCACGGGCUUGGUCGUCAACGAGAACACGUACUGUCUCAUCAAAGUCGAGGGUCAAAAGUUGGAAUCGGACGUGGUCUACAAUUCUCAAGAACCGUUGUGGAACUUGUCUGGAGUAUUUUUCCGCUAUGACGUUUGCAAGCCCAUUUUUGUCGAGCUGUGGGAGAAGAAGGUGUUUCGAGACAGAUUUCUGGGUUGUGCUGUAAUAACUGGUGCUGCGGACAAUGAAGUUAUCUCGAUCAAGGCACCGUUGGUCGGACGUGGGAGCAAACAGUCGGAUCGACAUCCGGGAGAGAUCAAAAUUACAACUGCCACAUACGACGACCUCAACGCGACCUGAGAUUUCUGUCCUGUUUCUUGCAUUUAUUGUGUUAAUUUUUAUACGACGAAUUCCAAUGUUUGACGCCAUUUUUAUUUUAUAAUAAAGUCUAACAGUUUUCUACCAAAAAUA